AUGGAAAAGAAAAUCAAGAAUUUCUCGAGUUCCUUAUAUAUGAGGAGAAAAGCCAGGAAAACCACCGCGAUGACACACAGCACCAUAUCUCAUGUAACAAACGUGAAAAAAGCGAUGAUUUUUUUUCUGCUUUCUUUUUCUCAUUUCUCAAGCGGAUAUUCCGCUUGCAAAAAGAAAAGGCGUGGCUCUGGUCUUCGCUAUUUUGGAAAUAAACUUUGGCGUCCUACGCCCAGAAGCGGCCAAAGCGGCCAAUCACGCCCGAAGACGGGACCGCACGGCUCCCAACGAGUCGUUUUUUUGGAACUGAAAAAGGCCCAACGUUGGGCCUAG